AAAGAGAAUUCCGUGUUGCGUUCGACGGACGCGAUAAAGAGCGUGGCCGCCACCUCCUUUUUCUCCUUCUCCCGCUCCUCCUCUGUCUCCGCACCAGCGACUCUCGCGAAUUUCGCGGCCAAUGCUUGUCGUAACGCGUAAUCGUACCGCGGUAUCGAAGCGGAGAAGCGGGUUUCGCGCGUCCGCUGUACUUGGUCGCGAGAUAGUGCGGCCGACGAAUGCGUGGUGGUCGCGUCCGUUCUUGAAACGACAUCAUCGUCGUCAUUGUCCUCUUUCCUUCCGGAGCAAGUAGAACGCGCUGCUCGUGCACGUGUGUGAUCCCGCGAGCGAUUAAAAGCCGGUCCCGUUCCACCCUCGGCUACUCGCUACUCCGACGAACGGCCGUCAAUCGGCGGGAGGGGGAGAAGAGUGCAAACCGGCGAACCGCGCGCGAAUCUCACGGAAACGACGUGUCCCGUUCGUGGACGCGCGAAAUAUAAAAAAAAAAAGGGAAAAAAACCAGCUAAAAAACGCCGAGCGACGUGUCUAAAAUUCGACGAUACAAAGUGCAUAGAGCCGUCCUUGUCGCGCCGACGAGGUUUCGCGAGGUGCAACUCGUCGCGAGGCGAUUUCCGCAUGGCAUAACGCUUUUUUUUUUCUUUUAUUCCUCUUUACGACUUCGCCACUCUAGUAUGCCGCGUUGCGGCGACGCUCGACGAUCGUCGAUGUCCGGUCUUAAUGAAGAAAGAGCUUUAUUCCUCGACGACGAGCGAUGGCGAGGCCUCAUCGUUUAGCGGCGGAUUUCAUUUCGCGAAAGUUCCUGCACUUUCUAAAGAUAAGGAUGUCGAAGCGGCUGAGCUUUUACGGUCUGGUAGCUUUGGCGUCCAUCUGCAUCUUCUUCCUAGCAUUCAACCAGCGUUACAGCAGCUAUCUCGAGCAUCGACUGCAGCCGAUGAUAUCGGAUGUUGAGAUAAGGCCGCGGACCACCAAAAUCCAAGAGCCGGUAACGGUAAGCCAGGCAUAUAUUACGGGAUCCACGGACAAUGCCACGAUCACCGAAAUUCAGGAGGUGGUCGAUCAAGAGAGGAAGGCGAUUAAAAAGGAAAUGGAAAAUUAUGAGUAUCCAAACGGAAGAUAUGGAAUAAAUGUGAGCAAACUUGAAGAUCUGGUGAUGGAGAAGGGCGGUAGACCCAUGAGAAGCAUAAUUCUAACAAGUUGGAGAAGCGGCAGCACGUUCCUCGGUGACGUGGUGAAUGCGCAUCCGGCCAAUUUUUAUCAUUACGAACCGUUACUCGACUAUGGAAUUGUGCAAAUCCGAGAGUCGCCACUCGCUGAAGAAUCCUUGACAAGGAUAAUUUCUCUGUUGAAUUGCGAAUACAAAGAACUCGAUCGGUACCUGGAUUACGGGAAGACUCAUCCUUGGGUAUUCAAUCACAAUACGCAUUUAUGGCGACAAUGCCAAGCGCAUAAACGCAUCUGCUGGGAUCCGCGUUUUGUUUCCAAAUUUUGUCGACUCUUCCCAUUCCAAUCAAUGAAGCUUGUACGACUGAGGUUGCGUGUGGCAGAAAGCCUUUUGGCCGAGGAAGAUCUAGGUGUAAGACUAGUUCUACUCAUUCGCGAUCCUAGAGGCAUUCUGCAAUCCAGAAAACACAGGGAAUGGUGUCCCGCUAAGCCUGACUGCUCUGAUCCGGCUUUGGUCUGCGCAGACAUGGUAUCCGACUUCAGUGCGGCGGUAGAACUGUCAAAAAAAUAUCCACGUUCUUUUAGGGUGGUGCGUUACGAGGAUCUGUCCGUAGAUCCUUACAGACAUGUGAACGAGCUUUACAAUUUUUAUGGUUUGAACUUUCACAUAAAUGUGAAGAGAUUCUUGGACACGCACACGAAGAACGAUGUGGGCGGAGUGUCGAGCACCUUCCGCAAUUCCAAGGUCGCGCCGUUUCACUGGCGGGCCGACUUGGAUUUCGAGGAGGUUCGUGAAAUACAGAAGGUAUGUGCGACCGCCAUGCGAUUAUGGGGAUACGUGAUGGCCUUAAAUUCCACUCACCAAAAAGACUUUGAUCCUAUCACAAAUUACCGGCUCCAAUUGUGACAGCUGGCAGACGACAUGCUCAAUGUAGAUAUGAUGUAUAGUAUAUUGGUAUAACAAUGCGGCAGCGAAAGUGCCGUAAUUCGUAUAAAUUUUUAGCGAAAGGUGCUAGCGGUCACUCAGGAAGAUAGCCACGUAACAGGAAUGUAGUUUUAUUCGAAACGGGAAAUUUGCGGGAUACUGAAUUUUUAGAUUUGUGAAACCAAUAAUGAGGCUACUUCUUUAAAAAAAAAAAAGUCACAAAUGGAUACAUUCAUAAUUUUUGUAUCGUAUGACUACCAUGAUCUAAAUCACAGGGUGUUAAAGUAAAUUCCUGAGAGCUUGACAUGCGACACAAAUUAUGUCUAACCAUAUCGACGAAAACGUUGCAGGUGCACUCCAAACGUUUCUAAAUAUUGUGAAUCUUUCAAGAGAGAGGAAGAAGGGUAUUUUGUGUCUAAUGUAUAAACUAUAUUCAUUAAUAUUAAAUGUAAUUAUAGAUAGCUUGUAAAAAGAGAUUUAUAAUGAUUAUCGGAUCUCAUUAUAUAUUAUCUUUUUACAUAUUUAAGUACUCCACAUAAGAGAAAAUUUUUAUAUCGAUUACGGAACGCAAAGUGCACCCCCUCCCCCUCCUUCUUGGAUUCAUACGAAUUCAUCGCUAAAAACAAGAGACGACCAAAUUUAAUUUUUUAUCUUAUUAAUCAAUGACAUAUAUUACUAUAUUACGAACGUGGAAAUAUACUCAUAUAUAAAACAAAGAAUAUUUAUCUAAUAAGAAAUGUAUACAAUGGCAAAAGAGAUUUUAUCCAUCGAUGAACGAUUACUCGAAUCUCCUAACGUUUAAGAUCGUGUCUUGUAAUAUUAUCAACAGUGUUAAGAACACCUAUUUCUGCGCCGUUCGACGGAAAAUUUCCAUCAAUAUUUAUUGUGAUUCACGAAAGGGAGAAGGUACGAGCACGAUAUCAAUUAGCUCGUUCAUACUACGGAACACGCGAUCUUAUCUUUUGCUCAUACGGCAAUCGCGACGUCCGGCCCGAAGAAAUGGUUGGGUGGUGUAUGUCAAGGACGAGAAUAUACGAGUUUCCAUUCCACCGGCCUGAUUAGCGGCCAACGACGAAUUAUAAGUAUAUAGACGCGACCAACUUGCCCGCGAGCGCGUGUGAUUUUUAUAAUGUACGACUUGGUCGUAAUAGCAUUGCACAGUUUAGAUACAAGAUAGAAAUAUUACCGUGAGCUGUUUGUUGGUGAUUUAGAGUAAGAAUAAGAAUACUUUUUUGAAUCUUUACACGCUACGUAUUGAUUAUUCUGGAACAGCCUAGUCGGGCUGACUGGCACACUCUCCGUUAUGUAUUAUAGUGUAAUUAUGUUAUAUAUUAUGUAUUCGCGAUUGUAUUGCUCUCGCGUCCUUGUGUUAUGCAUCGAGCGCCAGUUUAUCAUCAGCUCUCUGUGUAAUCGAAUCUUACUACACGUUCACUUAGGAUCAAUUUCGAUAAGCGUAUAUUAUGUUGUUAAAUAUUAUACACAAUAGAGUUUGGAUAUUGGGAAAUCGAGAUAUUAUGACCUCGCGCUUCUCCUUCGUUUUAUUGGAGGACAGUCCCCAAAAUCCGGACCCUGAUUAUUAUUUAUGUUGUUCCAUUGUCACGCUGCAUAAAACAAAGAUUAACGAAGUAAAUACGAUGAUUUCUCGUACGUACUGGUGAGAUCAGAUGUGAUAGCGUUUGCGUAUAAAGUUGACAAAUCACUUGAUGCGAUCGUUAAUACAAAUAACACCAUCGUGCUAUCUCACGCCAUUAUUUCUCGUGGAAUGAGUAUCUAGUCCAAAAGGAACGCGUAUUACUUCGCAUUUUGUACCUUAGAUGUAAAGGUUCUCCAAUAAAAGAAUCAUAUUUCUAUGGAA